GUGUGUGGGAUAUCCGCCAUGGUUAUGGGAACAGUCGCCUUCAUUGAAGAGCGCGGAGAGUUCAACUUGGGACUGGGUAUUCCUGCAGGUGGAGCCACUGUCUUGGCUGCCGCGGCCAGUAUCCAUACCAGUCGAGGUUUCGGGGGCUAUCGGCCAUCAACCUGUGCGCCAGAGUCACCGUGGUCUACGCUUCGGUUCCUGGGACCAUCAGCUCGCGUGGGCGGGCUGCUUGCAGCGCUGUGGGGUACGGCCUGUUCGCUUCAUGCCGCUGUGUUGAUCCAAGCUGCCAGAACGCUCGCGGUCAGCAGUUCUGCCGCUGCAAAUCAUCUGACCAGUGUCACAUCAACAAGUCCAAAUCUUACAGUUCUUGCGGCUGUGCACCUCUCCUUGUCAACCCUAACCUUACUUGUCGUACUCGCUGUACUCCGAGUGGACUGCCGCUAUGACCCUGACUGACCCACAUUCCCGGCCACCACUCAAGGUGGGGGUGGCCCGAAUGCUGGGAUAGGGGUUAGUGUUGUUGGUAUUGGUGCUGGUUUCGGGGGAGGGGGAACCACAGCUGCAUCAACUGAGAGAGUCAGUCGGGUCGCCUGGGUCGUUUAAGACCAUUUCAUGUGAACUUGAGUUGAUCAGGUAAGAUUCUGUUUGCGAAUUUGUUGAAUAAACACCUGUGAGCAGCUGAUGUUAUUGUAUGCAUCUGUAGAGCUUGGGAGUUGUAUGUGAGGUUAUGAAUCUCAGACAGACAUGUAUAUGUAUGUACAUCAAAUGUGGUCUCCUAUUCUUGUCAGGGCCACUUUGAUGGACCUUGGACAAAUU